AUGACCGCGCCACUCGUCACCCCGCGGAAUCCUGCCAACACUGGCGCAGCGACUGUGACCGCCUUCCCCUUCGCCAAAGCCCGUAUGCGCUACAAACAGGACAGACGCCCAACGAUCCCAGAGCUCCUGAAGGACAAGUUCUUGCUUGACUUGCUGGCGCUGGCGGAGGCGCGUUUUCAUGCCAACCCGGGUGGCGUAACCUAUGCUAACUUGGCCAUGCCGGACGCCAAUGUCCUGACUGCUCUCGGAGCUCGGUUCGAUGACCAUUUGUCUAAAGACGGCCUCUGCAACCAAUCACACUCUCCACUCAGCCCAUCCCCCGGCAAUCACUCUUCUUCAGUAUCAUCAUCCACCAAGCUCCGCAGCCAACCCGGCCAUGUCAGCAGUGCACCGAGCUCAUCAGGCCCAGUCGGCCUCCAGCCAGAUCACGUCUACCGUUCUCAGUUGUCACCUUGGCGUUUCAAGAUCCGGUCGGCAUUGUUAGUGACGCUGAACAAGGAGAUGACAAUUCUAGAAUCAAUCCAGCGUAGCUACCGCUCCGGCCCGCUUGAUCGACUGAUGGUCCAUUCCUCGUGGCUUGGCUCUCACCAGUUCUUCAUCCUUGCCUUACCCCUGAUCUUCUGGCUUGGCGACCACCACUUCGAACGCUCCCCAGUAUAUAUCCUCGGCAUCAAUUGCGCCUCCAAAUACGGAUUCCCGUCCAGUCAUUCUGCCAUUUCUGCAUCCACAUUUCUCAUGGGACUCCAAUACACCCUUCAUGUCCAAUUGAUCGUCCAGCAGUUGACGCUCUUUCUUGGCCUAAUCCUCUAUGGAUUCUUGUUGGUCUUUGGGAGGGUAUACUGCGAGAUGCAUUUGAUCCAGGAUGUGGCCUGCGGCUGGACGAUAGACGAUUGUCCCUGUUUUGAGGACAGCACGGCCUUUGUUGCUGUCUCGGUGGGAGUGAUGAACUUCGCAAUGCUUGUCACACUCUAUCUCCCCGAGCUCAACGACGACGACUUCUCCUUGUGCCAACGAAUCCAAAUAUCUUUGAACAAUCACCCCAUUGCAAUCUUUGAUCUGGCCGACGACUUGUAUCAUGAUUGGACAAGUUAG